ACGCACUGCAGUAGCGAAACUGAGAGGACUUGAUGCCAUGUCUUCGGAGUUUACCCUCGAUAUCCAGCUGACAGAAUUGGGUUUUCCAAGCUGGAAUUUCCCACUCAGGGAGCCACAGAGUGUUGAGACAUUUUUGCCAAUGCAUAACGGCAUUGAAAAGUCAGUACCUGAGACUGAACCACUUGCAAACUGUCAUGAGGAUACCUGUGCUGUACCAAGUGCAUCUCAUGACGAACACUUUCUGCAGGACCAUGAAUAUUCCUCUCCCAUCAAACAUAACUCUACAAUUAACACACAAACAACUCAAAAGAAUUCAACAAUAAUUACCGAAGACAACAGUGAGAAAAACAUUAGUAAUAAUUGUAGAACCAACAACAAAAGUAGUAGGACAGAACUGAAAAACAAUGACGAGGAGCAUAGCAGAGAUGAGGAAAAAAAACCCGAGAAGGAACAGAGAGAUUCAGAGGAGAGUGAGGAAGCUGCCAGUCUUGUGAUGGAUAUGUCUUGGAAAGAAAUAACACAGGAUGCAGAAUUCGAUUUGACUGAUGAAGAUGAGGAAGUUGUGGAAGAUGGUUCCUGUUCAGAGGCGAAUGGGUCUGGUGAUAAUGAAGAACAUCACUGCCAUGUGUGUGAUCUUACCUUUACCUCUUUAUUCUUACUUCGGGAACACAUGAAUAUGCAUACAGGUGCUCGUCCCUACCGUUGUGAUGAAUGUGGUAAGCAGUUUUGCCAAUUAAUCAACUACCGUGCACACCUUCGCUCCCACUCGCAAAAGGCUUCCAUCCACUGUCAUGUUUGCUCAACCAUCUUUGAGACCAUUGAACAAUUCCAGAAGCACUUGGACACUAAUCAUUUUGAGAAGCAGUUCUAUCAAUGUGAUUUCUGCAAGCAGAUUUUCAUUAACCUAGAGGUGUGCCAGGAUCAUGUCGAAACACACAGGCAACAGACAAAACAACAUCAGCUUAGUCACCUGGAAUUGCACAGCAAAAGGGGCUUAUCCUGCUUAGAAUGUGAACGGAAGUUCUUCAGCAAGGCUGCCUUGUUACGCCACAGUUUCACUCAUGCAGGUGUCUUGCCAUAUACGUGUCUAAAGUGUAAACGUCAUUUUCGCUUACCCUCUUUCUACCACAAUCACAAAUGUAAGCCAGAGCACAUCCAGUGCAUGGCUUGUUUGGUGUUCUUCCAGAGCCAAGAGGACUUCGAAAGGCAUAAGAAGGAAACAGGAUGCUGGGGCCAUCAAGGGGCCUUGCUUACAAAGACUGAUGAGAUUCGUUGCAUGGAGUGUGGUCAGAUCUUUGCGAGCAUCGAGGAUUUAAAGAACCAUGCAAGCACUCACCAGAGGGUUCUGAAAUGUUCUGAAUGUGGGAUGGGUUUCCGCUCAGCACUCAUGCUUAUGUCACACAUGGGAGGGCAUGCAGGACAGCGGCCAUGUCUCUGCAAAGACUGUGGCCAUGGCUUCACACAUCAACAGGGGUAUGACAGCCACCUCAAAACAUGUGGAUUGGAGACCCCACCAGUGGCCGCUGCAAAAAAACCUAGACUGAAAGAAGCCCCCUCUUCACAAAGAAUUAAACCAAUUGCUCCUAGCAUAUUCUUCAAAACGGUUGCUCAGGGUUCAAACCCAGCAACAUUCUCACAUAGCAUGAAGGACCAAAAUAAGCCUCCUGAGGGUGUUCGGAAGCUUGCCUUAAAUAAAGAGCCCCCUCCAAAUAUACCUCUAGCCAUGCUUUUGCCAGAUCCCACUACCAGCUCACCCACCUCAAAUCCUACAAAAAGCUCCCAAAACGUUCUACCUUCCUCUCUAGUCUUAAAAACACCUUCGUCUGCUCCAAGUGUCAUUUCCAUGCCAGUUGUCCCCCCCAGCCCUGUUGAUAGUGCAGAGACCAGGAAAGACAUUGUGGAGCAAUCCAAAAACAACAUUCCCUCAGAUAAACUUAUACCAAUGGAAAGUGAUAAUAGUUCCUCGAAGAAGAGGAGGACCUUCUUUGAAGAUAAGAGCUCAAUUGUUUUUGGGAUGGAAAAUUUAACAAAGGUAGUUGAAUCGGCUUCAGGUGAGGUGGAACCUAAUUGGGGAUUGAACGUUACUACGCAUUUAGAAGUGGAAAUGAAUGACGAAAUGGACUCGAGCAGCAUUGAGGUGGAGAUUGGUGAUGAAGACAGUGGAGUGGAUAUGUUGGAAGGUGAGCUUCAUGAGUGUGUGACUUGUGGAAACAUCCUUCCUGAAAAGGAUAUGGUCCAGCAUUACAUGAUGCAUGCUGCAGACUUUGACAAUCACAGGCGCUCUCCUAUCAAAUGUGGUUCAGACUCUGCAGACCAAUGUCAGUCCACAACCCCUCCAUGUAGCCUAUCAAGGAAAAGACAAAAAUCUGGCACAAAGUUGUGAUGUUUAGUUCAAGGGUGAUGCAAACCCAAAUAAUAUUUGGUUGAUUGCUAAAGGAAGUCCGACAGAAUAGUAGGUAACAGGCUGACAGAAUUUGUUUAUGUUGCACCACUUUUAGCCUACAUAUUCCAUUUACUUCGAAAUGUGUUCUCCAUUUGCUUGGUACAUAGUUUACUAUUUAAACCAAGUAUAAUUGUGUGAUAAAUUGUUGCAUGCUAAAUCCAAGUGUGUUUGCAUUUGUUGUGCAGUUUCUUAUUGCAUUUUUUAAUUGUCUGUUAUGUCUGCAACAAUAAAUGUAAAUUGGGACAUUGGGAACAGCAUUAUUUUGUUAUUCGUUUUA